CUCCUCGGCGCCGCAUCAUGCGGGCUUGGCCGGCCCCUCGCGCGGAGCCGGAACGCCGCCGCUACUCCCGCCGCCAGACCCCGGAGUCCCGCGGGGCCGCUGUCGCCAUGAGGCGCUGAGACUGGCGGCCCGCAGGAAAGCCCAAGACGCCGAUCCGCCGCCGCCGAGCAAGCAGCCAAGCCGAGAGUCUCGAGUCGAGCCUCGCCUCGCGCUCGCGGCCCGCCUGAGACCAUGUAAACGGAGACCGGCUUCAGCCCGAAGGCCGGCCCCGAAGAGCGGGGAGGGCGCCGGAGCUGCUGGCUCGCGAAGGCCCCGCCGUGCUCCGGAGCGCGCGUGGGUUGGAGGGAGAACAUGGCGGCGUCUAAUCUCCUAAAGAAUAAAGGUUCACUUCAGUUUGAAGACAAAUGGGAUUUCAUGCGCCCAAUUGUUCUGAAGCUUUUACGUCAGGAAUCUGUUACUAAACAACAAUGGUUUGAUCUAUUUUCAGAUGUCCAUGGAGUUUGUUUGUGGGAUGAUAAAGGCCCAGCAAAAAUACACCAGGCUUUGAAAGAAGAUAUCCUUGAUUUUAUUAAGCAAGCACAGGCGAGAGUGCUGAGCCACCAAGAUGAUACUGCAUUACUGAAAGCCUAUAUUGUAGAGUGGCGUAAAUUCUUCACACAAUGUGAUAUCCUACCCAAGCCAUUUUGUCAGUUAGAGAUUACUCUCAUGGGUAAACAAGGCAGCAAUAAAAAAUCCAAUGUAGAAGACAGUAUUGUACGGAAGCUCAUGCUAGAUACUUGGAAUGAGUCCAUAUUUUCAAACAUAAAAACCCGCCUUCAAGACAGUGCAAUGAAGUUGGUCCAUGCUGAGCGUUUAGGAGAAGCAUUUGACUCUCAACUUGUCAUUGGUGUUAGAGAAUCUUAUGUUAAUCUGUGUUCCAAUCCUGAUGAUAAACUCCAGAUUUAUCGGGAUAAUUUUGAAAAAGCAUACCUAGAUUCAACAGAGAGAUUUUAUAGAACUCAAGCCCCUUCGUAUUUGCAGCAAAAUGGUGUGCAGAAUUAUAUGAAAUAUGCAGAUGCUAAAUUAAAGGAAGAAGAGAAAAGAGCACUACGGUAUUUAGAAACGAGGCGUGAAUGUAACUCUGUAGAAGCACUUAUGGAGUGCUGUGUGAAUGCUUUGGUGACAUCUUUUAAGGAGACAAUUUUAGCCGAAUGCCAAGGCAUGAUCAAACGCAAUGAAACAGAUAAAUUACAUUUAAUGUUUUCAUUGAUGGAUAAAGUUCCUAAUGGAAUAGAGCCUAUGUUAAAAGAUUUAGAAGAACAUAUUGUUAAUGCUGGAUUAGCAGAUAUGGUGGCAGCUGCUGAAACUAUUACUACUGAUUCUGAAAAGUAUGUAGAACAAUUGCUUACACUGUUUAAUAGAUUUAGCAAGUUAGUUAAAGAAGCCUUUCAAGAUGACCCGAGAUUUCUUACUGCCAGAGAUAAAGCAUAUAAAGCAGUUGUUAAUGAUGCUACAAUAUUUAAACUUGAAUUGCCAUUGAAACAGAAGGGUGUUGGAUUGAAAACACAACCUGAGUCCAAGUGCCCAGAGCUACUUGCAAAUUAUUGUGAUAUGUUAUUAAGAAAAACACCACUAAGCAAAAAAUUAACCUCUGAAGAAAUAGAAGCAAAACUUAAAGAAGUGCUAUUGGUACUCAAGUAUGUACAGAACAAAGAUGUUUUUAUGAGAUACCACAAAGCUCAUUUAACACGGCGUCUUAUAUUGGACAUAUCAGCAGACAGCGAAAUAGAAGAGAACAUGGUUGAAUGGCUGCGAGAAGUAGGUAUGCCAGCAGAUUAUGUAAAUAAAUUGGCAAGGAUGUUUCAGGAUAUUAAGGUAUCUGAAGAUCUUAACCAGGCCUUCAAGGAAAUGCACAAAAAUAAUAAACUGGCCCUCCCAGCUGAUUCUGUGAAUAUUAAAAUUUUAAAUGCUGGGGCCUGGUCCAGAAGUUCUGAAAAAGUUUUUGUAUCACUGCCUACGGAAUUAGAAGACCUCAUCCCUGAGGUUGAAGAGUUCUACAAAAAGAACCACAGUGGCAGGAAGCUUCACUGGCAUCAUUUAAUGUCCAAUGGAAUUAUAACUUUCAAGAAUGAAGUUGGUCAGUAUGACUUGGAGGUUACAACAUUUCAGUUGGCUGUGCUUUUUGCAUGGAAUCAAAGGCCCCGAGAAAAAAUUAGCUUUGAAAACCUUAAGCUAGCAACAGAACUUCCAGAUGCUGAGCUUAGGAGAACUUUGUGGUCUCUUGUAGCAUUUCCAAAGUUGAAACGUCAGGUUUUGCUAUAUGAACCUCAAGUCAAUUCGCCCAAAGACUUUACAGAGGGAACUCUCUUCUCAGUGAACCAGGAGUUCAGCUUGAUAAAAAAUGCUAAAGUUCAAAAAAGAGGUAAGAUAAACCUUAUUGGUAGACUGCAGUUAACCACAGAGAGAAUGCGAGAAGAAGAGAAUGAAGGGAUAGUCCAGUUAAGAAUAUUACGAACCCAGGAGGCUAUCAUCCAAAUAAUGAAAAUGCGGAAGAAAAUUACUAAUGCUCAGCUUCAGACUGAAUUAGUAGAGAUAUUAAAAAAUAUGUUCUUGCCACAGAAGAAAAUGAUAAAAGAGCAAAUUGAAUGGCUUAUAGAACACAAAUAUAUCAGAAGAGAUGAAUCUGAUAUCAAUACGUUUAUAUACAUGGCAUAGCCUAAGGAUUUACUGGAAAAUGCCAAGAAAUGUACAUUGGAAGUGGUUUGGGCAGAAAAACUACAAGGAGGCUGUGCUGUAGAAGGACUUGUUUGACCUGCAUUACUUACUCAGAUUCCUGCCUUACCUUACCAGAGGACUUUGUUUUGUCAAUCUCCUCUUCUUUUUUUUCAGUUAGCAUGAUGGCGUUCCCUUCAUCUUGUGCACAUUUUUAACAGCAUGCUGUUUUUGUGGGGAAACCACAUUCAUGGAGAGCCCAUUGUGAGAAUUUUAGGAUUUGAUCUGCACCUGGAAGAGAACAGAUCUGGGAUUUUUAUAUUAACUAAACUUGCACAAAGAAAAUUUUUCAGAUAUUCAUGCACUGAAAAACUUGCUAGUUUUCAUUUUCACAUAAAAAAGAGAGAAGCAAGUAGAUUAGAUGUAGCACUUCACUCUUUGUGUUUUGGAACAACUGCCUAAAUAUACUGUCCUCCUUUUGAUCUCUUUCCCAUGUAUCAUAUUUGAACAAAACACAAAUGCAUCCCAUCUCUAGAUACAUAUUUAUCUGUUAGCUUAAACAAGUGCUUCAGUAUGAAAAUUGGAUUUGAAUACUGGGACACUAGUAGUCCUAACAGGAUAUAUUAAAUAUGUCCCAUAGUUUGCUUCAAUCUCCCCCUUUUUUAAAAAUAAAAAAGUUCACUUUUAAGCACUGGUUUUCAUGGAAUGAUCUGUUUUUAGUGAAACAAAAUUAAAUAUUAAAUGUAUUUGUUUAUACAUUUAAUAGUGACAUUCACUAUUUUAGUAUACUUGCAGAAAUGUAAAUGCAUUAAACAUAACCAGUAAACAAUUCCCUCAAAAUAGAAAUUAACAUUUUUGACAAUCCUUAUAUAUAUAUGUAUAUCUUUCAUUAUUUAUUUGAGAAUAUCUAAUGUUACGUUUUUAAAUGUAAUUGUACUCUGGAAAAAAAACAAAAAUACAGUGUGGAAGAAGGCAAUAUUUUGUCCAAUUAGACCAGAUGACAGAUUGGUUAAUAGCACAGGCUGUCGACUUCUUCUACUGAAAACAGUUGCACCACAGCCCCAUAAGCGUAGUGGAACCUAUAGAACCCACCGCUAGUUGAAGGCCCUUUUCUCUUUUCCUUUUAAAAAUCUGCCUCAGAUUUGAAGCGAAGAAACACGUACUAAAGCUGUGAAAUAAAGUUUGCUAUAUUGAGAGGAGGCAAAUAAAUUACAGAAUUUCAGAUUAAAAUAAAUGCUAAUAAAGGACUCCAAGCUUUUGGCUUUUCUAAAAUGAUUUCCUGUUGUGCCAUAUUGCUAGCACCUCUUUGCAAAACUACCUUUGAAAGUUUAGCAAUGCCUACGAGUUCCCUUGUCCUUCAGUUGUUACCUGCGAUAGCAUUGGACUGUGGCUGCUGAUUUGGUAGAAAAGCAAGAUCAAGGCAGACUGUAAGUGUGGCCAAGUGAAUUUAGCAGGGGGGGCUACAUGUUACAGAUCAAACAGUGCCAGGAGUAUAAUCCAGUGGAAAUGGAAGUUAGCUCAGGCUGUAAGAUUUUCACCUUCUGAUUUUUCCUCUCUCCCCCCACUGUGUACAAUCUUGCGGAGUAAAUUUUAAGAGUGCGUGACUUGACCACGGGAGAAAAAAUUUGUCCCCUCCCAAAAUUCAUUCUCAGUGGAAACUGACCGUUGAAUUCUGCCUCAAAACCUUGUACUGAUGCACACAUGCAGAUUAUAACUACCAACUGCGAAGAAUGUUCUAGGGCUAGGUUGAGACAACCCUGCUCUGACGCAGUGGAGACUGCAGACGUUCAUGGGUUUUAAAAACAAGUGAAUGAAAACAGGGUGCUGACCUGAAGUCUCAUCUUCUGUAUGUGCAUUUUUUAUUACUUGUAGAAUAGAGAUUAAUAUUUUUUAAAGUGUUCACUGCAAACUUAACAUAGGAUUGUUAAAUUUCGAUCUCAAAAUGUUGUGAAUAAGAGUCAGAAAAAGUUGUACAUAUUAUCCGACAUUCAGUAUAUGUUAAAGGAAAGAAAACUAAAAUUGGUUUACCGGAAGUCUUUUGUACAUGCUACAGGAUUUCUAGAACUCCACAUUUGAUUUGGAAGUAAAGUUAGGAGUGGGUAGAAAAGACAAAACAGAUUGUUUAGAAAGUAUGUUCAUAUUUCUAAAAUUCUUUGGUAAGAGUCCUUUUGACUUACAUGCUUCCUGUUACUUCUGCUGUGAAGGGAGUAGGCAUGAGGCAGUGAAUAUCAAAGCAGCCCUCAACCUCAUAUUUAGUAAUGUCCAAAUGCUAGCAAUCUGACUUUCAGAAUGAUUCCUUUUCUUAGCAGGGCAAGUCUUUUAAAAGUUGAAUGUUGUGUCUGACCUCUAAAUAACUUAGUUUCGGCUUAAUAGAUGAGUCUGCAGAAUUACCUUUCUCUGCACUUCCUCUGCCCCUUGGAAACAGAGACAAGUGAUGUGUAAGGGAUUUUUUUUUCUGAAGGGAAAAUUGCUAGACGCCCCAGGCAUACGUGGAAGCAUUUGAUGAGCGCUCACGUGGCUGAUUGGGUGUUGCUAAUGGAAGCCUGUCCUUAUUUACAUUAAAAAAUACUGAGUACUAACUGUCUCUCACCUUUUAUACCUACUUCAUUCAUAAUUUAAGUGGGUUUAGGGCCCAGAAGAUAGAACAAACAGUAUGCUAUAAACAUAGUUCAGUACUUACGCACAUUGGAAUACAUGCCAUGUAAAACAUGAUUCAAAAUACACACCAGCAAUUUUCUUACAGCUGCAGCAUCACAUUUAGCAUUUUUGUUUGGACAUUUUCACCAAGGUCCCCUUAAGGCUAAUGUUGAGAGGGUAGACUAUACUGGCUUAAAAAUAUAUGCAGAAAUGUGGAAACAUUCACAUCUAAAAGUAAAUAAAAUAAUCAGUCAUUGCAAUAUGGCACUUUUCAGGCUGAUUUUUUAGCUUUGGAUUUUUUUUUCCCUCCAAAGACCUAGAAUAAAGAGGUGCUGCUUCUAGGAAAAAAAAGUUGUCACAAGCAUUGCCACUAUGGUUUGUAUUAGGUAAUAUUCUAAAUGUGAAAAAUAUUCUAUGAAAAAUAAUGUGGGUUGCAUUGAUUUUAACCAUAACUUAUAAAAUGCUUUGUCACAACUAAUGAGGUUCAUACUCUAUUUUGAAGUCUUCCAUUUUUUCUUAAUCCCAUUGAUGUCUGUGUGCUACCUAUUCAUUUAUUGUUUUUCUUGGAGCAUAGUGUAGUUAAAUUUAAGUUUUAGUGGUGGUUCUCUUCCGCCCUCCCCAUUUUUUUUAAAAGUAACAUGACCUGAGUAAUCAAACACUUUGGAUUUUAUUUGCAUUAUAGUAUCUUGUGAAAGGUACAAAUUUUAAAAUACAGAGGGGAGACAUUUUGAUAAGUUCAUGGACAAAUUUUGGUAUCUUGAGUGCAAAAUUAUUUUCAUGGAACUAGCUGGAAUGCUGUGUUUGUAAAUUCAAGGUUCUAUGUGUGAAAUAAAACAGUACUCAAGAGCAUUUCUGUUAAUAGACUAUAUGUAGCCUGGAGUGCAACGCAAACUUGAGUUUCUGAGGUUGUAAUAUCUAUCUACAUAUGGUAAUUUACAGUUUGAAUGUAUGCCACUACAUAUGAGAUAAUGCUGUACAAUUUUGACUGGUAGCAGUUUCUUGUAUGGCAGUCUGGCUGAACUAUUUUGAUGUACUGCUUAAUUUUUGGAUUUUAUUUUUUAAGUUGUAUAAUUUAUUUUCAUGCAAAUAAAAUGUAAUAUAAAAUA